UGGUUAUUAUUUAAUACCAUGUAGUUAUUUAAUAAAUACACAAGGAAAACAAAUAAUUAAUUUAUCAUUAACAAAACCAAUUGAUCAUGAUACUAUUGGUUUAUAA